AUGAAGCCUACCCGCGUGCCCGCGGAGCGAGUGGACAACAUCUUCUUUAAGAAGCUCGGCGUCGAAUUCCGCCUCGCGUCCGCCAAGGACGUGCAGGAUGCGAGCCGACGCGGCGAUGGGCGGCCAGGAUCCGACGGCGAGGACGACAGCGGCGGGUUCGGAGGGGACGGGCUGUCGCUGCCUCCCGGCGGGCCGCGCCUGGCGGUUUCCAACAAGUUCGGCGUCUCCGUACUCGCCGGCGCUUGCGGCUUCUACGCGGCGCACACGCGCGAUCUGCUCGUCGUCGCCAUGGGCUACAAGCGCCGCGCCGAGGCGGGCGACACGUUCCUCGACGCGCCGCUCUACGCCGGCGCUACAGCCGUGCGGCGCUACCGCCAAGACGGCGUCACGGCUGUAGCGCUGGCGGCGGACGAGCUCACCCUGGCAGUUGUAGCGGGCGCGCGCGUCGCGCUCUACAGCCUGCCGGCGCUGGUGGCGCCGUCUCCAGUGCUCAAAACGGACGAGGAGAGAUGGGUAUGCGUCGCUCUGGCGGCUGUAGCGCCGGCAGCAACGCGGAAGCUCUUUCGUGCCUCCCCACUUCCCUCCCUCCUUCACCUCCCCGCUUCCCUCUUAAACCCCUCUCCCACUUCUCCCACCUCUUCCAACUCCCUCCCUCUUCCCCGUCCCCCGCACGCCCAGGCGCUGGUGGCGGAGGGGGCGGCGUGCAAGGCGGCGGAGGCGAGCGGCGCAGCAGCGCGCAUGGAGAGCCCCCCCGCGCCCCUGCACACUGUGAACGUCGCGGAGGGCCUGCAGGGCGCGGGACGGGGCGGAGAGGGGGAGGAGGGCGCGCGCGUGGCGGAGUGGGGGUGGAACCCAGAGGUGGCGGGGAGCUUCAUGGUGCGCACAGAGGGGGGGGUGGUGCUGGCAGGGCGCGUGGGACAGGCGGGACUCAAGCUCGUUGCUGAUGGCGCCGCUGCUGGUGCUGUGCGGUGCUGUGAGCAGCCUGAGUGCCUUGCCUCCGUGCUUCUCUCCCAACAGAGCCUCUCUCCCUUCCACCCGUCACCCCCUCCCCACCCUUUUUCCCAUCACGCCCUCUCAGCCGCGUGGAGCCCUUUCGGCAUGUUCCUGGCGGUGUGCUCUGCUGUGUGGUUCUAUGAGAUACUCCGCGUGGAGCCCCUGCGGCAUGUUCGUGGCGGUGUGCUCCCCGGUGAGGUGCUGAGUACCCAACCCAAGUGCUUUGACCUCUUGCUGUUGUCCCACACCUCCCUCAACCUCCCCCCUGUCAGCCGCGUGGAGCCCAUGCGGCAUGUUCCUUUCAGUGUGCUCCACCUCAGCGCGCCUCACCUUCCACUCCGACCUGCUGCUGCCGCUCUUCUCGCUCUCUCUCCACCUGCCCCCUCUGGGCGAAUGCCCCACCGCGGGUGA